GCGGGGCGGGGCGUGCUGGGUCGGCAGCAUGGCGGCGGCCGUGGGGUUCAGCGCUUCGCCCCUUUCCCCCGCCGUCACCGAGCUGUGCCAGAACGGGCGGGAGAUCUUCCUGGAAGCUUCGCGGCUGCUCCUGACCUACGCGGAUAACAUCCUCCGGAAUCCUUAUGAAGAAAAAUACAGAUUAAUUCGAAUUGGAAAUCCAGCAUUUUCCACAAGGCUGUUGCCUGUCAGAGGAGCAGUUGAAUGUUUGUUUGAGAUGGGGUUUCAAGAGGGAGAAACUCACCUUGUUUUCCCUAAGGAAGCUUCAAUUGAGCAGCUACGUAAAAUCAGAGAUUUAAUUGCUGGAGAGAGGAGUAGCAGACUGAAUGAGUCAAAUCAAAUCCAGAAAUCGGGAUCCUCUGAAACAGCAGCUACCACUCAGGCACUUGCACGUCAACCUUCAAGACCUGCUCUUGCCCCUGCCCACCAGCAACAGGAAACAUCACUUGUGCAGUCUCUUGAAAUGGCUGCAGAUAUCUUGAAAACACUUCAAACAAAAUUUGAGCAUCUUGUACUGAUGUACGAGAAUCCUUCUAUUCAGCAGAAAGCACUAGAAUCAAUUCCUCUCCAGCAACUGAAAGAGAAGGCUCAGAAAAAGUUAGCACAAGCUACAAGACUGGACAAAGGUGCACAUGUGAAUGAAGAGGAUUUCUUGUUGUUGGAGCUCUUGGACUGGUUUAAGAAUGACUUUUUUCAUUGGGUAAAUAGUCUUCCUUGCAGCAGGUGUGGUGGGCAUACAGAGGCUAAAAGUGACAAUCUGUUGCCUACUGAUGAUGAUCUAAGGUGGAAUGCCAGUCGAGUGGAAAAUCAUUAUUGCAACCAGUGUCAGUUCUGUAAUAGAUUCCCAAGGUAUAAUAAUCCCGAAAAACUUCUGGAAACCAGAUGUGGGCGCUGCGGCGAGUGGGCUAACUGCUUCACACUGUGUUGCAGAGCUGUUGGAUUUGAAGCUAGAUAUGUCUGGGACUGUACAGAUCAUGUGUGGACUGAAGUAUAUUCUUCAUCUCAGAAAAGGUGGCUUCACUGUGAUCCCUGUGAAAAUGUCUGUGAUAAACCUCUUCUCUAUGAAACUGGGUGGGGAAAGAAACUCUCCUACAUAUUUGCAGUAUCCAAAGAUGAGGUUGUUGAUGUUACCUGGAGAUACAGCUGUAAGCAUGAAGAAGUACUCUCUAGAAGGACAGCACUCAGUGAAGCUACGCUACGUGAAACAAUUAAUGCACUAAACAGAAUGAAACAACGAUCUUUGUCAGAAAAUAGAAAAAGAGAGCUCUUGGAAAGAAAGAUUGUGGAGCUUGUUGAAUUUAUUUCUCCUAAAACACCUAAGCCCGGAGAAUAUGGUGGAAGGACAUCAGGUUCAGUGGCUUGGAGAGUAGCCAGAGGUGAAAUUGGCCCAGAGAAAAGAAAAGAAGUAAUUUUUAUUCCCUCUGAAAAAGAGAAGACGUCUAAACUCUUCCACCUCGUGUACAAUAUAGUAGAAGACAGUUAUACACGGAUUUCCAAUAAUAAUGAAAAAAUAACUGGCUGGGAAACAGGUGUUUGGAAGGCGGAGUCUCUUUGGAGAAAGGUUGAAACAGAUUGGAAAAUGGUUUAUUUAGCCCGAAAAGAGGGGUCAUCCUCUGCUUCCAUCAGCUGGAAGUUUGAGUGCAAGUCAGUUGGUCUAAAAAUAGAUAGCAUUUCAAUUAGGACAAGCAGUCAGACAUUUCACAGUGGAAGAAUCAAGUGGAGACUUUACUCUCCAACAGCAGAAGUUGCUCUGAUAGGUGAUAGAAGUCUUUGCUCCUAUUCAGAUUUUUCUGGUGCAACAGAAGUUACUUUGGAAGCAGUUCUAAGUGGAGGGGAUGGCAAAACUGCGUGGCAGCACACACAGCUCUUUAGGGACAGCUUAACUGGAUGUGAAGAAAAUUGCUUGGAGAUAAUUGUAAAACUCAGUGACCUCUGAGAACCUGAACCAAAGAGAUGUUCUUUGGAUUCCUUGAAGCUCUUAUACCGUGGAUACAACAUGAAGAUUUGGUUGGCAGUUCCUGUCCAUUCUGCUGGCAGCUAAUUUGCUGUUUCACUACUUCCAUGUAGACAACUUGAAACUGCACGUGUAUUGAAUAGGUAAACAUUUAAAAAACCUUCUUGAUUUUAAAAAUAUAAACACCAAGAUUAGGGGAUUAAACCAUUAAAUACCCUUUUCUUAAACUUUAUGAUGAAAAAGGAGACAGCUUUUAGGAAGCAAAACAUGUUUUUAGGAAGCAAAGACCAAUUGUAAUUGGUUUUACUUUGGAGUUCCAGGGUUGGCUUGCUGGGUUUUUUUAAAUAAUCUACUCCUUGGAAAAACAGUUUGAAUUUAAAUUUCCUGUUACAGGAGAUACUUGUACCAAUUUUAAAGUAUUUUAAGAAAUAAUCAAAGACUGCGAUAUUUUAAGAAAAAAAAUUCAAUUUUAUGUAAGAAAUAGAAAAUCUGAAAUUAAGAUCAAUGUAGAAGCAAUCUUAAAAUGGUCUUCUUAUAUAUCUAAGUAUUAAGCUUGCAUUUAACAUCUAUAAAUGUUUGGAAAUAUAAUGGUGUGCUAGGAAAAGAAAAGAAUUUUGAAGAACAUGUUCAUUAUGGACCUAAAAUACCAUGAGCUGUGAUAAGAAAUUGAGACUUAAAACCGAGUAAGAACAUGAGAUUGUUUUGUAUUAAAAAGCAGGUUGUUCAUUAGACAUACUUUUUAAUUAUAUAAAAUCAAAUUUGCUUACUUUUUAAAAGAUUUAUUUAGCAUGUAGUUUAAAAUUACAUUUUUAAGCUAUUUUCUUGAGUUGCUUUGAGUGUUUUUCCCAAAUUGAAUGUAAAAGUAUAUACAACUUUUCUGUUCCUUCCUGCAGCAUUUAAAUUUCUUGGCAUUGACUGUAAUAAAAACUGCCACCCAGGAGAUGUCAGCUGUAGCAGUGCUGCGAAUAAAGUGUAUGUUCAGUUUAGGUGGUCUUUAUCAGAGAAUUUAAAGAGGGCUGUGGCUGGGUUGUACAAGAAAUUUUCUAUCAUAGGACCAUAAUGCAAAGCUUAAACUAUAAAAAUAAAAGGAAAAGAGGGUGGUGUUAUUAUAUCAGUGUUUUUAAAGCUUUUUAUUCUUUUUUUCUAACUCUUCCAACCCCUGUAUUGAUUUGAAAACAUUGUCUAAAAUAAUUUACAUUGAAAUAAAUGAAUUUUCAACAAAUCUAAGCAAAUACUGACUAUUCGGAUCUUAUUAGGAAACUAUAUGCACAGUGAGUGUAGGCAUCAAAAUUAUACCACAAACAUCUUAAAAAGCAGCAGAGUGUCAGCUCAGGAGUGACAGAAUGAUAUAUGAUGGAUUAUAUACUUUGCUUCACGAUGUAAAGGGAAUUAGAAGGACAGUGUCUCUUGCUUAAUACAGUGACAGGGAAAUGUAUGGAAGGGUGGGUGUUCAUCUGCAGUUAACUAAUGCCAAGUGAAUUGGCCACUCUCCAUUCAAAGCUCUUCCUGUAUUUAGCUAAACCUGUAUCAGCUAAACCCGAGUUCUGAGACUUUGAGUGGAAUCCCAAGAGGAAAGCAUGUUACACUAAUUUGUGUGCUGUGUUGGAAGAAAAUAAGCAAAAAAAAGAAAAAGAAGACUUUGU